GUGGGAGCCCAUCACAGGAAGCACGUGACUCGUGAGUGCCGCGGGAAGGGGAGGUCUGAAUACACAGAGGCAGAACCACAGGUCCUGAGCACCUCGGACUCUCUCACGUCUCCAGGCUCCAGACCCCAGGCCGCCCUACUUUCCUGGAACAUUCCUCCGUUUAGCAGAGGGCAGGCAGCCCUCAGCUGUUCACCGUGAGCCGUGGAUGCCGCUCAAGAUGUCCCCUUUUGGUUGCUGGGGCCUGCCCGCCGCCCUUCUCGCCCUGUUCUGCUGCCCAGGGUCUGGUGAGACGUUUGAGGUACACAUGUAUCCAGAGCAGCUGGUGGUGGAGCCCGGAGGGUCCACGUUGAUCAACUGUAGUACCAGCUGUGCCCUGCCUGACACCAGUGGCCUGGAAACCACUCUAACCAAGAGUCUGGUGGCCAGUGGAACUCAGUGGAAGCAGUACGUGGUCUCCAAUGUCUCCCAGGACACAAUCAUCUACUGCUACUUCACCUGCUCCAGGAAGCAGAAGUUAAAGAGUCUCAACGUCAGCGUGUUCUACCCUCCAAAGGAAGUGCUGCUGAAGCUGAAGCCCACUCGGGUGGCUGUGGGGGGAUCCUUCACCAUCGAGUGCUGGGUGCCCAAUGUGGCACCUCUUGAGAGCCUCACUCUCACCCUGCUCCGUGGCAAGGAGGCCAUGCACAACAAGACCUUUAGGACGAUGGCACUUGCCCCCCAAGAGGCCACAGUCACACAUAAUGCCACAGCUCACAAGGAAGACGGCCGCCACAACUUCUCCUGCCGGGCAGACCUGGACCUGCGGUCUCUUGGUGGGGACAUCAUUCACGGUGUCUCAGAGCCCCAGACGCUCAAGGUCUAUGAGCCCAUGCCAGACAACCAGAUGGUCGUCAUCAUCACAGUGGUGUCCGUGCUGCUGUUCCUGUUUGUGACAUCUAUCCUCCUGUGCUUUGUCUUCGGCCAGCAUUGGCGCCAGAGGCAGAUGGGCGCCUACAGGGUACAAGGUGCUUAAAGGGGCUGAGUCGGGCCUACUGGGCACAGCCUACAUGAGUGGCACGGUCACCACCACGGCAGCCACUGGAAGUCAGCGUGGCUCCUCAGGGUUGUGGUCCAGCCCUGGCUGCAGGACUCUAAGGAGCAGCAGAGGACUUUGGGACCAUUUCCUCUUCUAGUCUAAAUAUAAAUACCUGGACUUAA